GAUCGUUUAUAGCAUCUCGAUGCCGAUGAUCGAUGGCAAACAUCAACAAUCGAUCAUCGGCAAAUAUAAAAAGGUACCGAAACGAACGAACCUCAGUAUAUGUAAUCGAACGCGCCCGUCAGGGGGCGUAACUCGAAAACAUAAACAAUGUACAAAGAUGGCGGCCGCUGAAGAAAAUCUAAGGGAAAUAUACCCAAACCCAGGCUCCAAAACGAAAUCAGAUGUUUGGAAAUUCUUCGGAUUUUAUAAAAUUAAUGAUAAUGAACCACCAUCAAAAAAGAAUUUGGAUACAACGCAAGCUGUUUGCCGUCUAUGCCGCAAGAUUUACAGAAAUACAGGAAAUACUACGAAUUUCAGAGCCCAUAUUGACGGGGAACACAAAUUACCGUCGGGAAAUUCCACAUAAUCGCGAUCAGACAAAGUUGAAACAAAAUUAGUUCAACCAACAAUAUCGGCUGCAUUUGUCAAAAGAUGUGAUGUUGUAUCAGGAUCAAAUACUGUAUUGAGUCAAGAACGGAGAGGACGGGUCGAUGAUGCAAUAU